GUCAUUGAGUUCUGUGAUGAGAGCAAAAUUGUUUUAUUGCAUAAUUAAAGAAAUAUUACAUGUAAAAGGUAUAUAUAAAUAAUUAAUAAUCAAUCAUGACAUCAGAGGGGACUUUGAAAAAGCGCCAGUUGCCUAAACUCAUGGCUUGUAUGACAAAAACAAGUUUGGAAAACUUGCGAAGUAAAGCCUUGUUUAGUAUGGAAAUGCUUGAUGCCAAAGGCAUUAGAAGGCGUAAACUUCCUUUACACCAAUGCCUUAUUUUGGAGUUGCGCGAGGGGGGAUACAAGGAGGCUUCGAAUUAUCUACAAGAUCUCAUUUAUGAUAACGUUCAGUUGGUGGACGACGAUGACAUCGGGAUAGUAGUCGAUUUGAGAAACAGGCCUGAUUACCUGGAACAUAUUACCACUAGUCUAAUGAAAGCUGAAAAAGCGAGAGAUAAAGGUGAUAAAAAGAAGGAAUGCUUAAAGCUUCUAAAGCUCGCCAUGUAUUACGCUGAAAAGGAAAAAGGUAUAUUGUGGUUAUCGGAAAAGUUCUACUUGGCGACCAUAGCUAUUGCUAGCCAAUACCUCGUAGACGGCGGCAGGCAAAAGGCGUGCUGCAAAUAUCAUUAUGCCAAAUUCCUAUUGGAUAAGUUUCCAGGAGCAGACACAGAUGAGCCUUUUGUUAUACUUACUGAGGUUAGAGACAGCGCUAUAGGAAAGGACUGGCCGCUGUACGAAGUUGGUAGUACCAAGGAUGUGUCGGAAACAUCUGAGACCGUGUUUGCUGUGACAGCUAAGCAGUUGCACAGAGUGAUGCUGAGUAAAGCUAGGGAAGUCAGAAAACAAGACCCGGCAAAGGCCGAAAGACUUUCUCGCUUGGCAGAAAGAAGAGCCAAAGAUGCCGAUGACAUUGAUAAAAUUGCGGAGGCCAUCAUAGAGAUCGGGAUCUGUCAGCUGAUGAUGAACAACUUGAAUAAUGCCCAAAAAACAUUUGAACGAGCUUUCAAAAUCCAUUCGGAAAGUAUGAAUAUCGAAGGAUUGUGUGAAACUAGAAUGCAUCUCGCCGCUGUUAUGCAAAAGUUAGGAGAUCACGAAAUGGCCGCCAAAUUGCUGACUGAAAUGGGUGCCCUCGCUAUGGAGUACAAGCUACGCAGGCAGCUGGGGCGCGCCCUUCACCUGCUUGGCGAGCUCCAUCUCAGAAGGGAGCGACCUGAGCUCGGUACCCAGCACUUGGCUGAGGCCUUCUCCUGUUUUAUGGGUACCACGUACCAAGACGAUACUGAAACUGGUUUGGAUAUUGUACCAAGCAAAGAGGAUGGAAAAGGAGAGUUCAUAUUUCAAACGGGCACAAGAGAAAUCUAUGAGGAAGAAGCUGAACAAUCGCGGCUCAUGAUGGCGAUAUCAGCAGGUCAAGAACUAAUGGCCUCUUAUUUCGAGUUGCUAAGAGAGGCGGGAUCUUGUGCAGUGGCUCAAAUGAAAAUCAUUGAAUGGAAACUGUCUCGCUCGGGCUGGUGGGUCAAGAAGAAAUCUCACGACUUUGUGCCCUGUAUGUGUGAGAUGCACAAUCGAACGCCACUGGAUAUACUGCAUAUGCAACUAGCAAUGAAGACAGUUACAGAAGAACCUGUUGUACGUACAAAUACCAAAGAAGAUAUGAGGAAGAUGUACAGCAGCCAGCGUAAAAGUCACGAUAAAACGCAAGAACCUGCUUAAAUCCGAGUAUAUAAUCAGUACGCUAACGUAGUGGUUUCUCAAUCGAUUUUAAAUUUCGUGUCAAACACGUUUAAGUUAAAAAUAAAUCGUAGCUACUGCAGCGGAGUAAAUAUGUUUUUGUACAAUACGAUCAUAUCAUAAUACUUUUAGAUUUUAUUUCUAUUAUUUACUUCUUACUUACUUACUUCAUCAUCAUCAGCCUAUUAAUGUUCCCACUGCUGGGGCACUGGUCUUCUAUACGGAUGCAAUAGGGAGAUUGGGCCAUGACCUACCACGCGGGCCCAGAGCGGAUUGGCGGGUGCUAAAGACUGCAGAUGCAGCUGGGACCAACGCAGCACGGAUCUCGCUUAAAGCUCUGCUAGGGCUUACAAUACAGAAUUUGAUGCAACACAUUCGUUGAUAAGGAUUUCGUGCUAAAUAGUGUUUUGGAGAUAUCGCAACGAUGGUAGUAGGCAAAAUGAUCGAUGCUACGGAAAGCUGAGAUUUUAUGCGCAAAAUCUUUUUCCCUGAAACGAGGAGAUUUUGAUAUGUUUAUCAAAAGACGUCAUUAAGUAGAUAGAUCAGUAACACCAAUGUGAAUUAUACAUACGCGGUUGGCUGCAGUACGAGGUACUACUGAGUUUGCUACAGGCUACCCUCUGCGUCGUAAGGACGGAUAUUGAGGGAAAAUAUUUGCUAAUGAUUAAUACGACAUUUUCUUCCGUAUGACCGUGUAUUUAGCACAUUUACAAUAUUAAAUUAGGUAAAAAUAGAAAGCUACAAUCGACUCCUUCACAUAUUUUUGACAAGUCCGACAUUAUUAAGACAGUGUUGCCAGACUAAGAUCUUAAAAGCUACGUUCCGUGACACGUGUCUUACCGUACACACAACUUUCGCUUCAUCUACAUUAAUUACUCUUUUCAUACAAGCCCACGAUUUUUGCGGCUUCUGACGUCAUCUACCUUCAAAAUGCGAUCAAUUUGAUCGUAAUAGAAUAGCGGCCUUCCUCGGCUUUUACAUCCUUCCACUAUCGCGUCGUAUAUCUGUUCCGAAAUUCUGUCAUUAGCCAUUUUUUCAGAUGUCUGAAGUAACGGAGCAUACCUCUAUCAAUUUUAACACCAAUACUGUCACCCACUCUUCUAUCAAUGUCAGCGUGGUACCUCCCAUCUCUGCUAAAAGUACAUCCGAGACAUACGAUUACAUUCAUUUAUUCCAACACUACAUUAUCAGACAUGAUCCAUACAAUUGUUAUGGAUACCUCUCUUUCGAAAACCACUAUCUUGACACUGACACUGUGUCGGUUCCACAGCGCAAUAAAUUAUUUCAUACAAAUUUAUUAUUUAGCAAGCAGUGGUUUGAGUUUCCUGUAAAGAUGUCAGAGAUCCAGUUCUAGUGCCAUCACCACACCCAUAAUUUCGGCAAACGGUGAAUGGUGUCGAGAACGCCCGUAUUCGAGUAGAUUUCAUUAUGUUUUCCCGACACCUUCUUUCAGCCCGUAUUCAGUGUAAAUAUUGCUUCGGGUGCCCGAGCACUGAAUAAUUACACUGAAUUAAUUACAAUAACAAUUCGAGUAAUGACUUUCGUGCACCCGAAUAAGAGCUAACGACCUACUGUGUUAUAGUUCUAAGCUUCAUAAUAUAAUGGACCAUUCACAGAUUGUCAACGUGUGAAACGAAAAAACACAACUUGAAGGCUUGUUCGUAGAGUAGACGCCUUGAUUUUUACUCGCUUUAGAGCAAAACUGUCAAUGAAUACCGUAUGUGAAUACAUUAAAACAUUGGUACCUUUGACUGUUUUUUUCAUAGAUAGGUCCGACAAAUGACUC